AUGUCCGCGACGGCCACCACCACGGCCACUGCUACGCCCCGGCCUAGCACGCCUGAAAGUGAUCGCAUCGCCCCCGCCGCCUCGACUCCCCACAAUGGCCCUCCCUCCAACCCGUUCGGCACUCCGUACGGGUCGAUGCCUGCCUCGACCACGGGCUCCUUCUACGACUUCGGCGGCAGCGGCGUCGCCACCCAGAGGUACUUCCGCUCCAGGCGGAUAAAGAAGGGCAGCGUCGAGCAGCCGUGGAAGGAGAAGAAGGACCCCAAGGCCAAGUGGACCACCAUCAUCCCCCUCAUCGGAAUCCUCAUCGGCCUGGGCGUCACCGGCGUGCUCAUCUGGGACGGUCUUCGCAACGUCAUCAACCACGAGUACUGCCCGGUCCUGGACGACGACUUCGCCAACGGCUGGAACAGCAAGGUGUGGACCAAGGAGGUCGAGGUGGGCGGUUUCGGCAACGGACAGUUCGAGAUGACGACCGACACGGACGAGAACGCGUUCGUCAAGGACGGCAUACUGCACCUCAAGCCGACGCUGCAGGACCAGCAGCUGGUGGACACAAACAACGUCAUCAACCUGCUGGACGCGGGCACGUGCACGGGAUCGAGCUGGUCCAGCUGCGUGACGACGACCAACACGACCAACGGCACCAUCGUCAACCCGGUCAAGUCGGCGCGCAUCAACACCAAGCUCGGGGCGAAGAUCAAGUUCGGGCGGGUCGAGGUGGUGGCGCAGCUGCCCGAGGGCGACUGGCUGUGGCCGGCCAUCUGGAUGCUGCCGACGGCGGCAAAGUACGGCGACUGGCCGCGCUCGGGCGAGAUCGACAUCAUGGAAGGGCGCGGCAACAACCACACGUACCCCACGGGCGGCAACAACAUCAUCAGCAGCGCGCUGCACUUCGGGCCGGACGUGGAGACGGACGCGUGGUGGACGGCCAACGUCAAGCGCAAGGCCAAGCUGACGACGUACGCAAAGGCGUUCCACACGUUCGGCAUGGAGUGGAGCGAGAAGUACAUCUUCACGUACGUCGACACGCGCAUCAUCCAGGUCAUGUACAACAACUUCGACGUGCCCUUCUGGGACAAGGGCCACUUCCCGCUGUCGGACAGCAACGGCACGCGCCUCGUCAACCCGUGGGCGGCGUCGGGCAGCAAGGCGACGCCGUUCGACGAGGAGUUUUACCUCAUCAUCAACGUGGCCGUCGGCGGCACCAACGGCUGGUUCAAGGACGGCAAGGCGGGCAAGCCGUGGGUCGACCAGAGCGCCACGGCCAGGCGCGACUUUUGGAACGCCAGGGACCAGUGGUACCCCACCUGGGAGGACAAGGGCGAGAUGCUCGUCAAGAGCGUCAAGAUCUGGCAGCAGAAGGGUUACAACGGCUGCUGA